AUGCCAAAGGGAGAAGAAGAAAGGCGAAAAAGCGAGACUGAAGAGGAAGCGUCAUCGAAAUCAGAGCGAAAGACAAGUGUCGAGUCAUCAGCAGGUUCGACACUUGAAGACAGAGAUAGAAAAGAAAGUGUUUCCUCAGCUAAGCUUACCGGUUCCUUUUUAUCAAUCGAGUCCAUAGUAACAGAAGAAACAGGAAUUUUAAGCGACAUUAAGCUACCGGAGAUUCAGACAUCUGAAACCUUGCAGGGUGAGUUAUCAGCUAGUGGUCUUUUACAACCACCGGCUCCCGAGAAGACAAAAGUAUCUCCAGUGAAAGAAUUUUUUUCCAACAUUGCUCAAAAGUUUCAUUUGAAGACUCCAUCGAAGAAAUCUCCGCCGAAAAUAUCUCCAGAAAUUGAACAAUAUGUACCAGGUCAAGAAUUGAUGGAAGACUGCCUCGUCAAACUUCCAUUGAAAGAUAAGAAAACGCAAACAGAGAAGCUGACCGAGACUAGGAAUAUUACUCCAAGGAAAAGAGCUGCGUCUUUCCUAUCGCCUGAAACAUACGAAGAAGUUGAAACAUCAACAUCGCGAUCCACAACAGCUGAUGAACGUGAUCUCAUUACGCCGUCCCCAACUCCAAGAUUAGACGAAUCUAAAAUGACGUUAGCAAUAACAGGUUUCGAACCAGCUAAACCUGUACCAGGUCCAUUUCAAAAAUUGAGAAAACUUAUAGGACUUGAGAAGGAGGAAAAACCUAUGAUUUCACAUCAAACUGCCGUGAAAUGUGAACCUGAAACUGAAGCUAAGUCCACACAAACAGCAAGUAUACCUAUGUCUGCAAUAACUAUGGAAGGAGUGCUAGUUUUAAAGGAUCUGAAUCGUGGAUGGGCAUCAGCAAUUUCAACAUCAGAAAGCGUGGACUACACAGAAUGGUCUCAGGGCACUUCAGAGCAUUCCAUGGACUGCAUAUCUUCAAUGAAUGCGGAUACUUCUGGUUCAUCUCCUGUAGAAGUUGAAGCCGUUUCAUCUUCCUUGACUGGUUCUGAAGAAUCUCUCCAGCUGAAAUUUGAGCGUGCAAACAUAGGAAAAAAACCUAUGUCCAAAAAAAUGCCUAAUCCAGUCCUAGAAAUGUUGAAGCAUGAAAAAACAGAAGAUAUAGAAGACGAAGCUACAUCUAAAAGUCCCCGUAAAAAAGAGUCUGAAGACAAUCUUUCUAAAUCACCAUCUUCAUUUCAGAAACAGGAUAUCGUUUCAGAGACAUUUUUUACUGCAACAAAUCGGGACGAAGUGAACGUCGAUGAAAUUUAUGAAGCUAGUGGCAGCGCUGCUGAGUCGAAUGUAAGAGAUACUUUAGAUCCAAGUUUGAAAAUCGUGACAGAAGAAAUGAAUGUUGAAGAAUCUUCUAAUGAAGGUAGUAAAUCUUGCGGUAGUGUUGGUGAGCCGGACAUGAAAGAUCUUUCAAUUUCAAAAAGCCCAGGUGAAAAAAUGAAUGUCGAAGAAGCUUCUAAAGAAGCUGAAUGUAUGGCGGCCAAGGCAGAUAAAAAUGUUUCUAUUUCGGAAAACCAAGAUAAGGAAUUGAAUGUCGAAAAUAUUUCGAAAGAAGCUGAUAGUAUGGAUACCCACUCAGAUAAAAAAGAUCUUUCAACUUCAAAGAGUAGAAAUGAACAAAUGAAUGUCGAAGAAAAUUCCAAGGAAGCUUGUGACGCUGCCGCAAGAGUUUUUCAAUCGGAUGUUACGCUUUCAAUUGUUAAAGACCUUGGCGAAGAAAAGACUAUCCAAAAAACUUCAAAGGAAACUAAAGAAGCUUGUGGUGGUGUUUCUCAGUCAGAUGUAAAAGACCUCUCAAUUUCAACAAGUACCAGUGAUAAAACCAAAGUAGAAGUAACUUUUAAAGAAAAUAAAAGUGUGGUUACUGAGUCAAACAAGAAUGAUCUUCAAAUUUCAUUAAGUUGCGGUAUAGGAAUGAAUGUCGCAGAAAUUUCCAAAGAAGCAGAAACUCUGGUUGUCGAAGCAGAUGAAAAAGAUUUUUCAAUUUCAGAGCAAAGUGUGCAAUUUAAUGUCGAAGAGUAUUCUAAGCAAGCUAAUGAAGCUUCCAGCAUGAUUGCUGAGCCGGAAAACUUGUUUCCAGUUUCAAAAGGACUUGACGAAGAAGCCAGUGAAGUAUGUGGCAGUCUUUCUAAGACGGAUGAAAAUGAUCUUUCAAUUUCAACAAAUCGCUGUAAAGAAAAGAAUGUCGAAGAGGUAUCUUCUGAGGAAGCUUUAGUUUCUGAGUCAGAUAAGAAACUUCUUUCUAAAUCAGAAGGUGAAGAAAUGAGUGAGGAAGAAAAUUCUAAGGAAUCUGGUAAAGUUCAUAGCAAAGUGACUUCGAAGGACAUUUCGCUCUUAAUUUCAAGAAGUCCAGACAAAGAAGUAAAUACCGAAAAAACUACGAAUGAAGCUGAUGAGACCGCCGACAAGGUUGCCGAGUCAGAUAUUUCGUCAACAAUUUCAUAUAAUCAAGAAGAAAUGAAUAUCGAAGGAACUGCGAAGGUGUCCAGUGAAACUACUGGCACGGUUACACAAUCGAGUAUCUUGUACUCAAUUUUAACAGGUCAAGACGUAAAAAUGAAUGUUGGAUAUGCUUCUACGGGAGCUAGUGAAGCAACCGGCAGGGUUGCUGAGCUGAUUACUUUGUUUUCAAGUUCAACAAGUACAGACGAAGAAAAGACUGCCGCAGAAGCUUCAAAGAAAACUAGUGAGGCUGCUGGAAGUGUUGCUCAGUCGGAUGCUUCGCUUUCAAUUUCAACAAGUCAAGGUGAAGAAAUGAAUGUCGCAGAAGCUUCAGAGAAAAUUGGCGAGGCUGUUGGAAGUGAUGCUCAGUUGGAUGCUUCGCUUUCAAUUUUAACAAGUCAAGACGAAACAAUGAGUAUCGAAGAAGCUGUACAGGAAAGUAGUGAAGCAGAUGGCAAGGUUACCGAGUCGGAUCUAAAACAUAUUUCGUCUGUUGGCAUAUCUCUUGAUGAACAAAUGGAUACAUCGUGA